GAGACUGCCACUGAAAAUCUCAUCCUUAAAAGGAGCGUGAUUAAUUUGCCAUAGGCUCUUAAUCAUUUACCAACUUAAUUUAUCACUUUUUUUUUGAAAAUUCGAGAAUUCGAGCUUUGUCCUGGCAGGAUGGUUGGGGGUUCUAACCCCUGUUUUAUUAUUGCAGAAAUUGGACAGAACCACCAGGGAGAUAUUGAAAUCGCCAAGAAAAUGACCAAGAUGGCCAAGGACUGUGGGACAGACUGCGCCAAGUUUCAGAAGAGUGAGCUUGAGUACAAGUUCAACAAGCGUGCCCUGGAGCGUCCGUACACCUCCAAACAUUCCUGGGGAAAGACAUACGAAAGACAUACGGUGACCACAAGGAUCAUCUGGAGUUCAGUCAUGAACAGUAUAGAGAGCUCCAGAAAUAUGGGGGUUGGAAUCUUCUUCACCGCUUCUGGAAUGGACGAGGUGGCUUUGGACUUCCUGGAUGAGCUUGAUGAGCCCUUCUUCAAAGUUGCCUCAUGCGAUGCCAACAGUUUCCCCUAUCUGGAACUGACUGCAAAAAAGCUCAGGAAGUCAGUGGUGUCUAAGGUGGUGAUACCCAAAGGCACGGUGCUGAGUAUGGAUAUGCUGGGGUUGAAGGUGGGCGAGCCAGGGGGCAUGUCUCCUGCAUCACGCAACGUAUGGUGGAUGGCUACAACAACAAGGGCUGAGUCAACCAGGUGUGCGUUCGUUCAGCAGGACACAACGUUGUGGAACGUUCAGAUAGAAAGAUGCUAUGUAAAACAAACAUGUUAACAUGCUGACUAGACCGGUGUUAUGAUAUUGAUGGUAUGUCAGGACUGAUCGUCUGUUUACAUUUCUACCAUUGUGGCUAGAUGGAGUAGACCUACAUCUUCAUCUAGUGGUCGCGUCAGGGACAACAGUUGUUGACAACUUUAGUGUUGUAGCAACGCCUAACCCUAAUCCUUUUCCUCACUUUAACUUCAGUCUCCUGACCUGUUAUUUCACCUAACCUACUGUGUUGGUUCCCCUAACCUGCCACGUUAAUUCACCUAACCUGCCACGUUAAUUCACCUAACCUGCCACGUUAAUUCACCUAACCUGCCACGUUAAUUAUCAUUACCUGCUAUGUAAACAGACCAUCAAUCCCAACUGCUAUCUGUAUCACCAGGGGCCUGUUGCACAAAAGUAGAAUUAAGACAUCCGGGAUAAAUGACUCAGCUGAGCUCAAUGAAGCCAAAACAUGUGCGUCCAGGCUUAAUUGGUUGCACAAAGACCAAGCCAGGAUGAGCAGACACGGAUUCAUUAAGCCAGGUGAAACCAAUCCUGGAUAGGUGCGCGCUCACGGCUCACUCAAAUAGACCCCGCCACAGAUCACAGAUUAACUGAUUUACCAUGGCAACUAGAGCCGCGUACUUUUCCCCGUCGGAAGCACAAAUCCUCAUGGAGGCAUACGAGGAGGUAAAAGAUAUAAUUAAGAAGAAAGGCAACACCGCCACAGUGAUAAAGCAAAGAGAAAAAGCGUGGCAAAGUAUUGCAGACCGCCUGAAUGCGUAAGUAGUGCACAAUUACACACUCACCGCUCCGCUGAAACAUCACAAUUUACAAUUCAAAUAUUUAAUUCACAUCUCCAAAAAUGCAGUUGUACUGUAAUUAUGAAACGGUUAAAUUUUUAAUUGAAAUGCACUGCAGAUAUGAGUGAAAUUGUGUAAAGUAACUCCAUCACACUGUUUAAAGCUAUGAUACAUUCUUUGAUAUUUUUACUGAAAACAAGACAAAUACCAAGUAAUUUUUUGCAGUGUGACUCCAUUAAAUGUGUGUGUGUGUGUGUGUGUGUGUGUGUGUGUGUGUGUGUGUGUGUGUGUGUGUGUGUGUGUGUGUGUGUGUGUGUGUGUGUGUGUGUGUGUGUAGAUUAAACAUGAACGGGCCAAAACGGACAUGGCAGCAGGUCAAAAUCAAAUACAAGAACAUUCUGCAGAAUGCAGUGAAAAAGAAUACCCACAGACAAGGCACGGGUGGUGGGUCACCAAAGGCUGACCUUACCCCAGCAGAGGACAUGGCCUUGGAGCUAAAUAAAGGCAGGCCCGUCUUAGAGGGGAUCCCUGGGGGAAAGAGACGAGCAUAGGUUCCUCCCAAGAUGCCACCCGCUUCAUUCAAGUGCCUGGCAGCACUGUGUUCCUGUUAGAGCCACCAGCACAAGCACCAGACGAUGCUGAUCCAGGUGAAGGCCCCAGUGCAGCAGCAACAGCACAUGAUGGAGACGAUGAUGAGGAGGAGACCAUCUCUCUGGAUUCCAGAAGGCAUGAGGACCCAGAUGCUAUACAGUGGGAAAACCAGCCUGGCAACAUAGUGCGUAUUAAUAAAAGGACACCACAUCCUGCCAAAUUCCAGCUGCGCUAAUUGUAUUGUGUUCACAGAGCUCACAAGCUAUCAGAAAGUUGUAUGGCAACCACCUCCGGCGCCAAAUAGAACUGGCAGACAUAGACAUUCAGUACAAGAAGAAAAAGAUGGAAAAUCUUGCACUGGAGUCCGAAAUAAAAAGAGGACAAUUAGGAAACUGGACCUUGAAAUAAAAAAACUUGCGAGGGAGCUCCAAGAAGAUGACACAGCUCAAAAUAAAAAUUUGGUAUAUUCUCGUAAAGUCAAGUGAGCCAUGACAUAUGAGCUCUUAUUGUGAG